AUGCUAGAGUGUGUGGAAAACAGCAUCAAGGUGAUUGUAGUGGGGGACGGCAAUGUGGGCAAGACAUCAAUGCUGCGGCGAUUUGUCAAGGGAGAGUUCGUGAACCAAUACAAGAAGACCAUUGGUGCCGAGUUCAUGGAGAAAAAUGUAUUCUUACGCCAAUCCAACACGACAGUGAAGCUCAUGCUCUGGGACACGGCCGGGCAGGAGGUGUUCAAUUCCCUCACACAGGCGUAUUAUCGUGGGGCUGGCGCGGCAAUAGUGGCAUUUAGUACCGUCGACAAGGAUAGCUUUAUGAAUGUUGAGAGCUGGAAGAAAAACGUUGAGAAUGUGUGCGGAUCCAUUUUAAUGGUUCUUUGCCAGACGAAGUUUGACCUUGCGCACGAGGCGGCCGUCACGAAUGAGGAGGCUGAACAACUUGCGAUACAACUUCAGUUGCCAUUUUUUCGCGUGUCCACGAAGGAUGACUUUAACGUGACGCAGCUCUUUGAAUACACGGCUAGUAUGUGUUUAAACGAAGAGCCGGCACGGAAUUCGAGUGCCUCAGGGAAAACGUCUUCAAACCUCAAUAGCAACGAAAUUCAUGCCGCUAACGCUAAGAGACAGGGAACCCAGUCGGUGAGGCGUGUGGAUUUGAGGGAGCCAAAAAAAAGUGAAAAGAAGAGAAAGAAAAAGCUGUGUACACUACUGUGA